AUGGGAUUUAAUGAAGAAAAAAUAUCAAGGUUCAUCAAGAGUGAAACACAACUUCAAGCUUUGAUAAAGGACUUUGAAACUCUACAAAUUAAGAAUGGUGAAUCUGUAACUAGUUAUUGCUCAAAGACUAUGGGAAUAGCAAACAAUAUGAGAUUCCAUGGUGAAAAAAUGGAAGAUGUGGCUAUUGUUGAAAAGAUCCUGCGUCCAUUAGCCCUAAGGUGUGAUUAUAUUGUUUGCUCAAUUGAAGAAUCUAAGGAUAUUGAUACACUUUCACUUGAUGAACUGCAAAGUUCUUUAUUAGUUCAUAAACAGAAGAUAAAUCGUAGCACAACCAUAGAUGAGCAAGCUUUAAAGGCUUCUACUUAUGCUCAAUCCUCUAACUCAAGAGGAUGGGGUAGAGGUAGAGGUAAAGGAAAGGGAGGCCAAAGCAACAGAGAUGGAAGCAGGCAAUAUUCAGAAGCUACUGAUGAUCAAUUAGUUGUUUAUGGAAGAGGCAGAGGACAUGAAUUUGAAAAAUCCAAGAUAGAGUGUUACAAGUGCCAUAAGUUUGGUCAUCAUUGUUCGGAGUGUUAUACAAAAUUGCCAGCUGAUACAGAAAAGAGGGAGAAGUCAAAUUUUGCAGAAAAUGAAGAAACAAAAGAAACAUUAUUGAUGGCCAAUCAUGUUAAGAAGAAGUUUGAACCAGAUGUUUGGUACGCAGAUACAAGCUGUAGUAACCACAUGUGUGGAAGAGACAUUAAGAUAAAGACCAAAAACGGUUUUGAAGAAAUUAUUUCUCAAGUCUUCCUCAAAUCACGAAUCCCGACCAAAUUUGUGAGGAUUGUGUUGUUAGCAAACAACACAGAAACUCAUUCCCUCAAGGAAAAUCAUGGAGAGUAA